GGAUAGAUCCGGUUCCGUGAGGGGAGCGCGCGCUGCCCGCCGGGAUAGAUCCGGGUCUCCUGCCCGCCGCUCCCGGUCCCUGCCGCUCUCUCCGUUCCAGGCUCGGUCCCCGCCGUUGUCUCCGCUCCAGCCUUCUUCCCCGCCGGUGUUUCCGUCCCAGGCCGCGGCCCCCACCCACCGCCCGCCGCCAUGGCGAUGCAAGCAGCCAAACGAGCCAACAUCCGGCUCCCUCCGGAGGUCAACCGGAUCCUGUACAUCAGGAACCUGCCGUACAAAAUCACGGCCGAGGAGAUGUACGACAUUUUUGGGAAGUACGGGCCCAUCCGGCAGAUCAGAGUUGGAAAUACCCCUGAGACCAGAGGAACAGCCUACGUGGUCUAUGAGGACAUCUUCGAUGCCAAGAACGCCUGUGACCACCUGUCGGGGUUCAACGUGUGCAACAGAUACCUCGUGGUUCUGUACUACAAUGCAAACAGGGCAUUCCAAAAGAUGGACACAAAGAAGAAAGAAGAACAGCUUAAGCUUCUCAAGGAAAAAUACGGAAUUAACACAGACCCACCAAAAUAAACUGAUCUUUUUUGGAAAACUGUUUUCAAAUGCUGCCGUCGAGUUCUUGGCCUAAACAUAGGAAUUUUUAACAAAGUGUAAUUUUUUCUCUUACAAAUUUGAUAAGCUGCAAUAUGAGUCUUUGUAUCUUCAGAUUAGAAUUAAAUUCAUGUAGAACAUGGGGAGAUCUGCUUUAAUAUUAAAUCCCCCAAGGCAACAUGCCUUCUCUGUUCUGAGGGUGACCUGGUAAAGGCUGCAUUGACCUGUUUUGAGCAGGAGCUUUCAGAAACAGACCGAGCAGGUUCUGUGACUGAACAAAGCAAGCCCAAGCCCAUGUUUGUAACAAAGUUUCUUUCACAAACUGUAGAAGACGAACAGCCUUUUAAAAGGAUCCAGCUGAUAUGGGGACUCCAGACCAAGUACCUUGUUCCCAGGGAUGGUGCCAGCUUUGAUCAGCUGCAGUGGAACAACCCAGCUCUCACAAUACAAAAAAAAGUGUCUGAGGGCUUUGUGGUGUGUCCCAGGUUUGACUGAGGAUUUGGUGUGAAUUGAAGAACACAUGACCAAAAUGAGGCAGUAGAUGAAGGUUUUCAUUUUGAUACCUGUAGUGCAAUUGUUUUCUACUUGGCAUGGUUGAGCUGUAACACAUUUUCUGUACAUACCGUUUUAGGUGUAGCAUCUGGUGGAAGAAAAACAAAUUUACCUUUUUUUUGGCUCUUUUUUUAGUACUCAUGUCCUGUGUAUAGAGAUAAGUGUGAUCCACAGUGUGCAUAACUAGUAUCUCGGAAUUGGGAAAGAAUAACGUCUGUCUGUGUUCUGAACCAGCUGGAACAUGUGUGAACAUGAGCAGUAUCCUGCCUUGGGAGGAUUUAUUUGCAUGAAUGUAAUGUUUCACUCCCUGACCAGACAACUUCCAGCCAGUGCAGAACCAGGACAGAUGCAAACAUACUUUGCUUGAGAUUUGUAAUUCAGUUUUGUUUUUCAGUAUAUCGUACUGUGAUAAAGAAAUGCUCCCAUUUUCUGAAAUUAGGUUUUUGUUGGAUUCUGUCACUUGAGGAACAAUGCUGUGUCCAUUUGAUGAAAAAAUAAAUGCAUAUUUUGCUUUUUUUCA